CUUUUAUUUUAAUGUCCUAAUCUCCCCUGGGUGAUUUCUUCUUAGCUCAUUAUCUAAUUUUGAUCUUCAGGGUUUCUUGUCAUGCAAUUCUUUGUGUAGUUUUCCUUCUUAUGAGCUAACCUUGUAUAGACAAAAGAUCUCACCUUUUUGCUCUUGAAUUGAGAGAGUUUCUAUAUUUACUCAGUGCUCUUCCUGUGAAGUGAUUUGGAAAGAUUCAGCCAGUUGAGGAAGGAACUUAUGGUGAUUGGGGUUUCUCAUAGAGUGUUGAGGUGUUGAAGUUCUUGAUUUGGUCUAAUUAGCUUUAAAUGUUACAUUCUUUUUCAUGACUGAUCGGUUUAUUAGAUUCAUUAGGAUUUUGAGUUUUGAUAUUUUAUUCUCUUGGCUCUCUAGUUAGAUUUUUAGUGUUGUGAACUGAGGAAUCAGGGUUUUAUUGUUCUAUCAUCUUAAGCUUGGGUGGAAUAAUAUAAAAUAAAAAUGGAGGAAGUUGAAGCUGCUAGCAAGUUAGCUAUAGAAAGCUGUCAUGGAGUCUUAACCCUCUUGUCACAACAGCAAACCAGUUGUGAUUCCAAAUCUCUAAUGGUUGAAACAAGAGAAGUAGUUUCCAAGCUCAAGAGAGUAGCCUCUCUUUUAACCAAAGGGUCAGGUCAUGGAAAGUUUAGAAGAACCAACAACAACAAGUUUAGUCCAUCUUUUCCUCAGCAUAUCUUCUUGGAGAGCCCUAUUUGCUGUGGCAAUGAUGAGAGUAGUGAUUACACUCAAGUUCUUGCACCUGAGCCUCUUCAGAUGGUUCCAGCUUCUGAUGAGAUUGACCCAAGAUACCAAUUGGGUCACCCACUUAGCCACAGAUGGCCACCGCCUUUUCGAGCUCCUUAUCAGAAAAUAGCUUACUCUAGAAGCAACAGCGGUGGUGUAAACCUAACGUUUGAUGGGUCUGCUAGUAGUUGCUAUACCCCGAGUGUAUCAAACGGAUCAAGAUCUUUUGUAUCAUCUCUUAGUAUGGAUACUAGUGUCGAUAGGAGCUCGUUCCAGUUAACCGGAUUAUCACGUGGGAAGAUGUGCUCUGGUAGUUUGAAAUGCGGAAGUAGAAGCAAAUGUCACUGUUCCAAGAAGAGGAAACUAAGAGUGAAAAGAUCAAUCAAGGUGCCUGCAAUAAGCAACAAGAUUGCGGAUAUUCCUCCAGACGAGUAUUCAUGGAGGAAGUAUGGUCAGAAACCUAUCAAAGGCUCACCGCAUCCACGGGGAUACUACAAGUGCAGCAGUGUGAGAGGUUGUCCUGCAAGGAAGCAUGUGGAGCGAUGUGUAGAUGAGACUUCGAUGUUAAUUGUGACUUACGAAGGUGAGCAUAACCAUUCAAGGAUAUUGUCUUCGCAAUCAGCUCACACAUGAUGGAAUCAGAGUCAGUCACUGCCUGUCCUUUUUGCUGUCUACUCUUGGAUUUGAAGAAGAAUGAUUUUGGAUUCAAGAAACUGGUCUUAGUAGUGUUGUUAGCUGUGGUUUGCAAUUGUAUAUUCCACUUUGACAUGAGUUGUAAGAGCUUUUUGUGAACUUGGAUUAUGUGGCAAUACCGACAAGCAUCAACAAUUUGGCUUCAGCUUAGCAUUUUCUUACUUAACCAAAUAAGCUUAAUUUUUAGUAUAGGUAGGAGGUGGUUGUUGGAGAUAAUCACAAAGUUAACUUGGCGAACAAGUUACACUAAUCCUAAUCGAGAUAUGUUUAGGAUAGUUAGUUUUUAUGAGUUUAGGAAAUUUAAAGUCUCUAUACAAGAAGAUGCAAGAGUUUUAGAGAUUGUGUUUUGGAGUGAUUAAGUUUUGAGUUAUUUUCUUAAGCUAAUAAAAAGAGUUCUUUAUUGUGAUCAUAUACAAUUUUUGAGACUAUAUUUGGUAUCAGAGUGCAAGAUAAGUUAAAAGCCUUACGAUGGGAGGAUCUUUGUGUCCGCAUAAUGUUCGCUGUUAGGAGGAGACGAGUGUGUGCAAGUUUGGGACCUUGAGUAGUAGCUUGGUAAACAACACACAUGAUAGCUUGCUCCUGUUUAAUCUCAAAAGCUGUCAAGUACAAAGAAGGGCUCUUCAUCAGAUUACUUCUUCUUUAACGUUUUGUGUCUGUGGUUAGAGAGAUUACAUGUAUUGUUCACAUAAUAGCCUAAAUUAUGUAAGAGUUGAAGCUGGACACUUCAUCUGUAACAAACGACAAGUUUUUUUCUCAUUUAAAAAAAAAGUUGUUACGACUUGAGGAAUUAACAAUGAACAGCCAAAGACAUGUCCCAAAAUAUCCAAGUUCCAUGUUCUGCAACAAGAAGGCCAUUCAUUUUAAGACAAACCAUUACAUACUACAAGAACACUUGGACUCACAAAAUGAAGACCAAACUUUGCUUUGUCAUUCCGUUUCUAACUCUCAUUGCGUUUCCUCUGGUGUGAUCACGAGCUUAUAUGAUUUUUUUUUUUUUUUCACUCCGUCUUCAGAGGUUGGAGAGAUUAAGAAGACCGAGUGAUUAAAGAAGGCCCACGGUUUAGGUUGUGAAUUUUGGAUGGAGGGCGGCUAAGAUAAGAUAACUUAAUUUAAAGAAACUAUCUCUAAGAAACUCGUUAAACUACGAUUAUACCCUUUUCAUUACAACCUGUAUAAAUUAAGAAGAAACACGGAACUGACAGAAAAGCAAAGAGACAGCAAUUAUGGGUUGUCGGAAAGCAUUUUUGCUUCUAUACUUUCUAUUUUUAGUCCAUAUCCACCACAACCACUCUUUUCACGCGAUCUCCGCUGCUCCAAACCAUGAAUCGAAGCCGGACGGUGAAGCUUUCAUUGGCAAAACCGCGGAAUUAUCUAUCGUUGUUAAAAAGGGUGGUGGAGGCGGCAGAGGCGGCGGAGGUGGUGGUGGACGUAGUUUUGGUGGAGGCGGACGCAGUUUCGGUGGAGGUGGAGGUGGAGGCCGCAAAGGUGGAAGAGGAGUGGUUCCGUUAGUUGGAGGUGGUGCUGCUGCUUCCCACCACCGUGGCAACCAUUCAAGCGGUGGUCGGGAAAGUGCUAGCGUUUGGUUUGGUUUAUUGACUUUACUCGGUUUGGUUUUGGGUUUUUAGGGUUUACUUAUUUUGAUUGCCGGUUUAGGUUAAAUGUUUGAUGUCGGUUUUGCUUGCUACUGGUUUGCUCUCUGGAUAUAAACACCACUCGGUUUGGUUUUGGUU